GUGUUCGAGCAAUAAAGUUAUGCUAUACUGCGUUACUCGUCGAGAAGUUUUGAAACGGCUGUUUGUAUCGUCGAAAGACGUGCUGAAUGCCCAGGAUCGUAUCGUAAAGAUUAAAUGGUGCACUGGACAUCCCGGCAUCGUAUUCGGGUUGGAUUCAUCCUCUAGCGUACACUUAUGGGACCUUUGCGAUGACAUUAACACACCAAUAAUGUCCGUGCCGUUUCGAGGAAAGACCAUUACAGCCAUGUCAUUGGCAUCAACUCCAAAAAAUAGAAACACCUACUUGGGAUUGGCGUUUGCUGACGGUGAAGUACAAUUACACCAGUUGAAGUUGGACAAGAGGAAUCAGACGACCGAUCAUAGCGAGCAACUCACAAGGUUUUUGGCCAGUCUAUAGAAGUGAUCUGUUGCAAGCUACUAUAACAUAAUAUAUAAAUAACGUGCCAACAACAGUAUUUUUAAUUUAAUAAUAUAUAAUAUAUUUUUCUAGCUUCGAUAACGUGUAAUAUAAUAAAAAAUAAUAUUGAUAACUCGUGCGGUACACAGUACUCUACGGAACAAAAAUACCAUCUUACAUACAUAUAUGUACAACUACGUAAUAAUAUUAUAAUAUUUUUAUUUUUAUUUUCCGUGUGCAUAACUAUAG